CGCGCAGUCGACACUCGCGCGCCGAAUCUCGCAACAACCCCACGACCGAACGACCGACACACGCUCCCGGUGUCGUAUUACACUCUAAAUAUAUCUCGCGAGCGCGAACGCCUAUUAGGAAACGCGCCGUGUUUUGAACCAGUGAUUGACAGUGCCGAGUAAAGAAUUUGCUGAUCAAGGAAUCUGCCAAUAUGGCACAGUUAAUCACUGUGCGACUGAACAAGUCGGAACAACAACCACUCGGCUUCAGGCUGCAAGGCGGGAAGGACUUUGGCACACCGCUCGUUGUUCAGAAGGUGAAUGGUGGCAGCGCAGCUGAAAGGGCGGGUUUGCAAGCCGGUGACGCGCUAAUACGAGUGAAUAAUACUGAAGUGUAUACGUUGCGACACCAAGAGGCGCAAGAUACCAUCCGGGCAGCGGGGGCUGCUCUUGAACUAACCGUGCAGCGUGGCGGUGGAACCUGGAGGCCAUCAGUGACUCCCACAGGCAGUCUUCCAAGACCUGGCUCCAGGCCUCUUGGUACAUCUCCGGCUCCCGUCACCAACACUUCACUGAAGGCGACACCUCAAGCGUCACGGGCGUUUGGUUCUGGCCACAACAGUGUUGCUAAACCAUUUGGUUACAUGAACGGUACGGAUUCUAUGAAGGGUAUCGUGAACAAGCAGUACAAUACGCCUGUCAACAUGUACAGUGACAAGACCAUCGCUGAGACGCUCUCUGCGCAAACUGAAGUUCUUGCAGGCGGAGUCCUAGGAGUGAAUUUUAAGAAGAACGAAAAAACAUACGAUUCUGAGAAGAGCGCAGUUUUCAAAGUGUUACAAGAGGAGCAAAAUGAUCCGGAACCAGAGCCGCCACAUACUUUUUACUCGCGGGCAAGCGUGACGCGUGCCGCGGCACCGAGCGCUCGAUCACUUCAUUCGCAUUCGCGCACCCAAAGUGCGCCCCCACCCCAUCUACCAAAGCCUCAAAGUCGUCGGGUGCAAUCCUUGUCCCGCGAGGGACAGUCCUCCGACCGGCUCGUGCCGGAAGCGCCUCACCGGCCAAGCAUCCCGGUGGGCUGCCACCAAGUGUUACCGGACGGCCGGAUCGCUCUCGGAGUGCCGGCUCACCCUCAGCCGUCGAACCACUCGCCGGUCGUCAGCGACACGCCAUUUUGCUCCGACUGUGACAGCCACAUCGUUGGUGUAUUCGUGCGCAUAAAGGACAAGAACUUGCACGUCGAGUGUUUCAAAUGCUCGACAUGUGGAUCGUCGCUAAAGAACCAGGGUUAUUACAACCUGAAUGGCAAACUCUACUGCGACAUUCACGCCAAACUCGUGGCUCGCCAAAACCCACCAGCCCCGAACUUGGAGCCGGUUACCGUAGCACCUGGCGGACGCAUCCCAACAAACCCGUACACAACGCCAUUGCCUCCGCUCUCCACGGGCAACUACACCAAUGGGUCUUCAUCAUUAUUUAGCCCGUCAAGUAACCUGUCUGGUCCGAAGCCAUUCGGUUCAUCAAUCGGGUCGGCAUAUUCGCCAUCUCUUUCCCCCCGAUCGGCCCCGAUGUCUCCCGCGCGUCCCGUGGUUGCGCCCGCGCAUACGCCGGCGCCGGCCGCACCACUCUCUGCUCCCUUCGCACCGAAGGCACCUGUUUCAUUAUAUAAAGACAAAAACGUUAAAAGCAUUGUGUGGCCCCCACCGAACCCCCCAGAAGACGAUACACCUUUACAAACUUCUUCAGAAUAUGCUCCCAGUGAUCCUACUGGAGAUCCUGCUUCUUUUACAACAGGCACAUUGUUAAAGAAAGCUACUGAAUCUAAAGUAGAGAAAGAUCAAAUUGUAUCAGAUAAAAAUACCAUAAGAACAUCACCACCUCGAAGUCGACCUUCGACUCCAAGCCUUAUAAAUAAACCUGCACCAAUAAUACCUCGGUAUCAGAUGAACUUAGUUACUAUGGAACAUUUUGCACCAGAAAGUCAUACAUAUCAGCCGCCUGGAGGAGAAGGCAGUCGUACACCUACUCCUAAGCCAAGAUCGCGAACACCGGCUCAAGGGCCUUCUUCCAAAGCUCAAGCCCCUCGUAUUAAAGAUUAUUCUCAAACUAAUUUCAGCCAUAGUGAAACUUUCUCACACCAACUACCAUCUACUUUUCAAAGAGAUCUUUACCAAGUUCAGUCACAACCAAGGUUUUAUGAAAAUAAGCCUCCAUUGGUUCAGGAAGAAAAUCGAUCAACCUUUGAAAGACAGUCUGAAAAUUAUAACAAAGGAGACAUGUCCAUUAAGCAGGAUACUAUGAUGAAUCAAAAUUAUGGACAGAGACAGAUGGAGUCACAGAAUGUGGCAGAAUAUGGACAUACGACGGUGCAGACCACUAGAAAAACCUUUGAAGAAUACGAAAGCGCUCAAUCUGCUAAAAUGAUAGAAAUAAAAAAAGGUGGCUUCGCGUCUUCUGAUUCAUCUCAACCAAUAGAGGCUUUUGAUCGUCCAUCUGCUAUUAACUUUAAGCAAUCGUUACCUUCACCUGCCAUGAGUUUUUCGCCUUCUACACAAAAUUUCUCCUCUAAUAUUACUAAUGAAAAUGUGGAUACCACUAGACAAACUCAUACAAGUACGUUUGAAAUGAGUCCUUCAAUUUCUGGUGCUAACCGAGGUCCAGUGUGUGAUCCUACCCCAUCAACAGGUUCCAGUGUAGGGGCUGCCGCUCGUGGCAAAACUUUUGGCGUGUCAUCGGCUCCAAAAAGGGGGAGAGGAGUUUUGAACAAAGCUGUGCUACCAGGAUCUCGCGUUCCUCUUUGCGGUUCAUGCAACGGAAAUGUUAGGGGCCCAUUCAUAACGGCCUUGGGUCGCAUCUGGUGUCCCGAACACUUCAUCUGCGUGAACGCGACAUGUCGCCGUCCCUUGCAGGACAUUGGGUUUGUCGAAGAAAACGGUCAAUUAUACUGCGAGUUCUGUUUCGAACAAUAUAUAGCCCCGGCUUGCGACAAGUGCCACGCUAAGAUUAAGGAGGAUUGCCUCAAUGCUAUUGGAAAACAUUUCCAUCCCGAGUGCUUCAGCUGUGUGUACUGCGGGAAGCUUUUCGGGAACAAUCCAUUCUUCUUAGAAGACGGUUUACCUUACUGUGAGGCAGACUGGAAUGAGUUGUUCACGACGAAAUGUUUCGCGUGCGGUUUCCCAGUGGAGGCCGGCGACAGGUGGGUGGAGGCGCUCAACAAUAACUACCACAGUCAGUGCUUCAACUGCACGGUGUGCAAAAAGAAUCUCGAAGGACAGAGUUUCUUCGCCAGGGGAGGAAGACCUUUCUGCAGGGUUCACGCCCGCUAGAAGCCCACCAAAAAUUGUAUACAACUCCGACACUGUUUAUUCAACCGUCACUUUUCGCCCUGUCUCUGUGUCUCCAUCUGUUACUCCUUUCGGUCCACCACAACGCACCAGGAAAUUGGAAACGCCCCUCCACUUCGAUGGAGAGCUGUUUUCCGACAUAAGGAGUACUGAGGGGAAGUUACUCAGCAAAGUAACUAUAGACCACAUACAAAGCUCUACGAAACACGACGUUACAGAUUCACCUAAUGUGUCUGAAGGCUUUGGACUCAACGGUAAAGCGUUUGUCGACGAUAUUGUCAAAACAGAAACCAUAACCAAUGAAGACGUCAUCAAAGUUAAAUUCACACCGGUUCAGCCGGAAAUGGAUUCACUCACAACACAAUUUAUAAAAAGAUCGGUCACUCCUGUCAAUUAUCUGAAAAAUGAUUUUGACGACCUUACCAGUUAUAAAAUUGUAAAUUCAUUAUGUAAGGAACAGUUACUUCAACGGAACGGAGCGAUUGACAAACUCGAGGAUAUGAGAAUUGAGCGGGAACACAGUCCAUUAGCCAAUAACUUGAUUUCGGAGAAGCUAAUCAAAAUAGACAGUUACUUACAAGAAAGUUUGAAUAGAUGUUCCGAAGCUAAAGACACAGUCCCUCACGAGGCGACAACAGAGACAGAUGUGAUUAAAGAUGUAAUGGAGACACAAAAGGAUGACAUCUUAAUAGACAAUCAAGUUAAAUUCAGCGAGACUAAUCCUAAAUACGACGCCGAAGACUCAAGUAAAUCUCUCCAAACUCCUAAAGAAAAUAAAAA